CGUAGGGUGGGUAGUACUAUCUUCCAUCUCGGGACGUGUAAGCCGCUCCGCUGGCCCCUGCUCGGGGAGAGCCACUGCGUGGGGCCUAGCUCCUCUUCGAGGAGACUCUACGGGUCUACAACCUUUCUCGCCAGAGGAAGAAGGCCCCACGGCUAGUGGCCCACGGAGUGUCAGCGGAGCGGCUUGGUGACCCCAAAUAGCCUGUGGUGUGUACAUUUUUAGUGCUUAACUUCAACUCCCCCCACCCUUCCCCCUGAAUAUAAACUCAUUCUGGGGAACGUGUAGUGAAGUUGUAGUCGUUGUGAAAGUCCUACGUCCAUUGUGCUCGUGUACAGUGGGCAUAGAGAGUAGGACACCUCACGGUUGUUAAAGUGUGAUCCUAUAUGAGACCGGCUGUAUCACUAUUUCUCCUGGAAACUGGAGUAUGUGUUCCGGUGUCAACCACGUUAGCGCUCAACUGGGUACUUACUACGUCUCUCGUUUGUGAUCCCAUAGUAUCCACUACUCUCUAUCUCAAGCAUCUCUACAUUUCUCUAGUCACUCUUCUGUCGCUCCUUGAGAAGACACCCAGCCAUAUACUACGCCUACUUCAUUCUUAUCAAUCUUAGACCACAGAUUAUCACAAUGGUCCAUUGUAGCCCACCUCGAUCUCUUCUACUCUAUCAAAUUGUACUCCAGUGGUGCUGUUGUUUACUCUCUUCCUCUCCGUUGCCAAAAUACUCCCCGCCACCUAACUCCUCUACCUCCACCUUACCCCUCUCUAAUCCAUCCGAACCUACAAACUCUACUCUCCC